AAGCAAAACAUACAAAAUCUGUCAUGCCACUUGGUGUUGAAAAUGCAUAUUCGUAAACCAUGCCCGACGAAUUUUUUCCUUUUAAAAGAAAGUGUACUGUGCGACCCUCCCUCAUAAAUGAAAGAGAGCCACAAACUCAAUGUUCUUUGAAAUUAUUGGUCUGUUGAGAUUGAACAAAAUAAGCUUAAAAUGACUCUUGAGCCUUUCAAGGUUUUUGUUUUGUCCUUGUGUUCUCUUUUGUUCACUUGAGGCCUUGAUUUCUCAGUUUGUUAUCAAGUAUUUCAUCUGAAGGAAACCUCUUGAUUCGAUAUUAUUGUCAGUCUCUAGAUCUUUUGUUACUGUAGAGGGUGUGUGUGUGUGUGAGAGAGAGAGAGAGAGAAGGGAUGGCAUUAGAAACUGUUGUAUUCCAACAAGAUCCCUAUAGUACUUUAGGACUAGGUGCAACAUGGAUCCAUGGCUUUGACCUUGAAGGAGAAAAGGCUAAUUACCAUGAAACCCUAGACACAACAAUCAGCAUUGAAUCUGAUUUCCAUUCAAAUAGUAACUGGAACAUCAAUAACUCUUCCUCCCAAGAGAUCAACUGUGCCUGUAAUGGCGGGCUCUUCACCGGAGGUAAUGCUGCUGGGGGCCGGCGAAAGAGAAGGCGUCGUCGAAGCAUCAAAGAUGAGGCAGAAGUUGCGCAUCAAAGGAUGACUCACAUUAAUGUUGAACGCAAUCGGAGGAAGCAAAUGAAUGAAUAUCUUGCUGUUAUUCGAUCCAUGUUGCCUCCCUCUUAUGUUCAAAGGGCAGAUCAAGCAUCAAUCGUAGGGGGAGCCAUUAACUUUGUGAAGGAACUAGAGAAACUUCUCCAAUCUCUUGAAGCCCAUAAGCAAAUCAAGAAAGUAAUAUCUGCUACGGGCUCCGAUUUCUCUUCUCCCUUUUCGGAUUUUUUCACCUUCCCUCAGUAUUCAACUGCGAGCUCGAGGAAUAAACAUAGCAACAACUCAUCAUCAAGUACCGAAUCAAUAUUUGCUGAUCAGAAGCGAGAUCAGAAGCGAUCAAUAGCCAUUGCGGAUGUUGAAGUAACAAUGAUAGAAAGCCAUGCAAACCUCAAAAUACAAUCUAGAAAACACCCGAAACAGCUCUUGAAGAUGGUGACUGGAUUGCAUUCUCUUGGCCUUCAUAUUCUUCAUCUAAAUGUCACAACUGUUGAUCAGAUGGCGCUCUAUUCUUUUAGUGUUAAGGUUGAAGAUGAGUGUAAAUUGACUUCAGUUGAUGAGAUUGCAGCAGCUGUGCAUGAGAUGGUGGGUAGGAUCCAAGAGGAUGCUACUUCCAAUUGUAUGCCUAGUGUUGAAUAGACUGAGUUUUUCCUUUCAUGAAUAUGAUCUUAAAUCAACAAUGAACUGUAAUGUUGUUUUCCACACUUGAGUAGCAAGUUGGUGGAACUUAGCUUGUAGGCAUUACCCUUUUUAGGGAGGUUAUGUUCUCUAGGAACUUCGUGUACUACGAAAUGUUUAGAUGUGGAUCUCCUUGUUUUGAUUUAUCUUUGGGAAGCGAAAUUAUUUCACA